GGCGACGCGGACACUUUCUGAACUGGGAAGGAAGGGGCGACUCGGGGGGGUGGGGGGCGCCGAAGUCUGUAUGGAAUUACCUGCGCCCCCGGCGGAGCUGGCAGCGCUGGAUGGAUGGGCGCCGCGUCCGCGGCACUCGCGGCCAGCUGAGCCCCAGGAGUAAACACGGGGCUCCUCCGGCCGAGUGCGCAGUGUGGUGACCGGCACUCGCCUCGCUGACUGAUCGCACCGGAGGAAUAUUUCGGGAGACUCCAGUGGGAAGCAGCCACGGAAAGACAGAAGAUGAAAGCUCCUAUUCCCAACUUGAUUCUCUUGUAUGCUACUCUGACCCAGAGCUUGAAGGUUGUAACCAAAAGGGGAUCAGCUGAUGGAUGCACUGACUGGUCUGUGGAUUACAAGAAAUAUCAAGUUCUAGUGGGAGAACCUGUUCGUAUAAAGUGUGCACUCUUUUAUGGAUAUAUUAGAGCUAAUUACUCCCUAGCCCAAAGUGCUGGACUUAGUUUGAUGUGGUACAAAAGCUCUGGACCUGGAGAUUUUGAGGAACCUAUAGCUUUUGAUGGAACCAGAAUGAGCAAAGAAGAAGACUCCAUUUGGUUCAGACCAACAGUGGUACAAGACAGCGGGCUCUAUGCAUGUGUUAUAAGAAACUCAACUUACUGUAUGAAAGUGUCCAUUUCGCUGACGGUGGGUGAAAAUGACACUGGACUCUGCUACAAUUCAAAGAUGAAAUAUUUUGAAAAAGCUGAACUUAGCAAAAGCAAGGAAAUCUCAUGUCCUGAAAUUGAGGAUUUUUUAUUUCCAUUUAGGGAGCCUGAAAUUCUGUGGUAUAAGGAAUGCAAGUCAAAAACAUGGAGAUCAAGUAUUGUGUUUAAGAAGGACACUCUUGUCAUUCGGGAAGUUAGAGAGGAUGACAUUGGAAAUUACACCUGUGAGCUAAAAUAUGGAUUCUUUGUUGUCAGAAGAACUACGGAGUUGACAGUUACAGCGCCACUAACAGAUAAACCACCAAAGCUUUUACACCCCUUGGAGAGUAAGCUAACAAUUCAGGAGACCCAGUUAGUGUGGGGAAUUCUGAGAUUUAAGAAGCCGAAAAUCACUUUCAUACUGGAGUUUAUAAACAGAAAUCAGAAGCUUGGAGGCAGUGGUUCUGCUAAUCUAACUUGUAGAGCUUUCUUUGGAUACAGUGGAGAUGUCAGUCCUUUAAUCUACUGGAUGAAAGGGGAGAAGUUUAUUGAAGAUUUGGAUGAUAAUCGAGUCUGGGAAAGUGACAUUAGGGUUCUCAAGGAACAUCUCGGGGAACAGGAGGUUUCCAUCUCACUGAUUCUUGACUCAGUCGAAGAGGCAGACCUAGGAAAUUAUUCCUGCUACGUCGAGAAUGGGAAUGGACGUCGGCAUGCCAGUAUUCUUCUACACAAAAGGGAGCUGAUGUACACAGUUGAGCUUGCUGGUGGGCUUGGUGCUAUUCUGCUGCUGCUUGUUUGUUUAGUGACUAUCUACAAGUGUUACAAGAUAGAGAUUAUGCUCUUCUACAGAAAUCAUUUUGGAGCUGAAGAACUAGAUGGAGACAACAAAGAUUAUGAUGCAUAUCUGUCUUAUACCAAAGUGGAUCCUGAUCAGUGGAAUCAAGAAACUGGAGAAGAAGAAAGAUUUGCUCUUGAGAUUCUACCAGAUAUGCUGGAAAAGCAUUAUGGAUACAAGUUGUUCAUACCAGACAGAGAUUUGAUUCCCACAGGAACCUACAUUGAAGAUGUGGCAAGAUGUGUAGACCAAAGCAAGCGACUGAUCAUCGUCAUGACUCCAAGUUACGUGGUAAGAAGAGGUUGGAGCAUCUUUGAACUGGAAACAAGGCUUCGAAAUAUGUUAGUCACGGGAGAAAUCAAAGUGAUACUGAUUGAGUGCAGUGAACUACGAGGAGUUAUGAACUACCAGGAGGUUGAGGCCCUAAAACAUACCAUCAAGCUCCUCACUGUCAUUAAAUGGCACGGACCAAAAUGCAACAAGUUGAAUUCCAAGUUCUGGAAACGUUUACAGUACGAAAUGCCUUUUAAGAGGAUUGAACCCAUGACAAACGAGCAGGUUUUAGAUGUCAGUGAGCAGGGGCCCUUUGGGGAACUGCAGACAGUCUCCGCAAUUUCCAUGGCUGCUGCCACCUCCACUGCUCUUGCCACUGCCCAUCCAGACCUGCGCUCCACCUUUCAUAACACAUAUCAUUCACAGAUGCGCCAGAAACACUAUUACCGGAGCUAUGAAUACGAUGUACCUCCUGCCGGCACCCUGCCACUUACCUCAAUAGGUAACCAGCACACCUACUGCAACAUCCCCAUGACACUUAUAAACGGGCAGCGGCCGCAGACAAAAACUAACAGGGAGCAGAACCCCGAAGAGGCUCACACAAACAGUGCCAUACUGCCCCUCUUGCCACGGGAGACCAGUAUAUCAAGUGUCAUUUGGUGACCGACAUGCAAGGGGCUGUCAACCCCCUUGAGUAGGAGCAGAGUCUGCAGUCUGGUGCCUGGAACUACAUCCUCGACUGCUGCUGUUAAACAUGCAUUACAAUCGAUAACAAACGAGGAAAAACAGGGUCUUGUACAUAUGUUUUUGCAAUUUCUUUGUAGCAUCAGUCUUCCUGUUUUACCCAUGUCUCUUCCCAUUCACAUUUUUGACUUUGUUUUAUAUGUCAUUGGAAUUUGUAUAUUUACAUUUUUUUUAAAUGAAGAGACUGCUGUAUAGAUAGGAAACUUUUUUGCUUCAUUAGUAUAGUUUUAGACUUUUUGUUUGUUUGUUUAUAACCUCUCUUGGGAAUGCUUGGACAAAGCUAUGUUGAUAUCAGAAGCACCAUCCAUUUUGUUGGCCUGCCAAGCCAUGCCUGCUGCAGCUCACCUCUUUUGGAGAGUUCUUGUUCUUAGAAGGACCCCACUGCUCACUGAGAGCUCCAGUUUCAUUUCUACUCUCGUAAUGUGCACUGCUCCUUCCCUGCCCUUACAAAGACCCCCAUUUGGGGUAACACUACAGUCUGACCAUCUAACAUGUAACUUGGUAGAUACCUGUCAAACAAGAGAAAAUACCCAAUCUGUAUUGGUUGCUUCACAGUAGUCACUAGAGUGUGUAGAAACUAUAGCCGGUUUGGUUUUUGCUUUCUUGGGUUUGUUUUUUUUCUUAAUUCUAAUUUUAAGAAUGAGUUGGUUGUAUCCCUUUUAUAAAUAUAAAAGCAACCUUAUUUUUAACACGUCCUGGAAAAGUAUUAAUGUGGUUGUGGAUUUUAUUUUUUAAUCACUCAUUUUUUUUCUUUCUCAACUUUCAAAAUCUUGCAAAUAACAUUUGCAAAUGUCAGGCAAGUAAGACAAGUGAGGCAAUAGACACUGAAAUGCAGAGUCCUGCUGGUAUGUACAGUGAUGACUUCCAAACCAAAGGGGAAUAAAAAAGACAGUAUUGUAGAUGGUUUGUCACUUUGUAUUAUAGAAAGUGUUAUUUUCAAAAAAAAAAAAAAGCAAGAGCAAAACAUUAUUUUCCUGUGGAUUUCAGAGUCCCUUGUAUUUUAAUGUUCCAAAAACUGUAUUUGCUUUAAAAUUAUAUAUUCAAGAUUAAGAAAUCUUCUUUCAUUUGAUUUUAGCUUGUAACAAUAAAUAAAACUUUAUUAAUUUCAACAUGAUUUCAGUAAGAACUCAGGCAGAAAAAAAUGACAUGAUUACCAGAAAUAUAACUGUUUUCAGAAUAAACUUUAUUUAUACAAAAUUAAUAUUUAAAUCAGACCUGGAAGUAUUAAAAACAAUUUAUUCACUUUAAUGAAUAAAUAAAUUAGUUUUAUUUUUAUGUAUGAUUCCAUCUUUGAGGAGUUGCAAAUAAUGCAUGUACCACGGCUGACAGGGAAGAAUAAAAGCCCACCACUGUGUUUACACCCA